GGUGACUGCUGCCAUUACAGCUGAGGAUUUGAAUGAUUUCUCUGUUGGUCUUGAACUUGUAAAGUAUGAAACUGAGGAUAUUUUUAAGCAAGAUGCCUGUGAAGAAUCUCCAUCCAGUUUACUGCCCUGGUCCACUAAUUCAGAGUUAUCGGGAUCUGAAGAGAAAAUCACCGAGGGAAAUGGGAGAGAAUGUGAAGAGCCACCUGAGAGUGUUGGAAUAAAUUUUCAGAAGAAUGGCAGCUUCUCUCCACCUUCAUUUGGUCAGCUGUCUUUUCAAUACAAAGAGAAAGGUAUGAAGAAAUCAGCAAGAGGAUCAGAAAACCUGACAGCAGCCUUUUUGCAGUGCAGUUCUCUCCCUACUGCUGGAGUAACACAGACAGAAACCACAAAAACUGAACGACAGCAAGUGGAGAAAGAAGUCCAAAUUCAUACUGGAAAAAAAUGUUUGGAAUGUGACAAACAAUUCACACAUAAAAGUGAUCUUCAUGAGCAUAUGAAGGUUCACACCAGAGAAAAAACAUGUUGUUGUCAGGAAUGUGGUAAGUCGUUCUCUACGAAAAGCAGUCUUCAGAGACACAGAAGAAGCCACACAGCAGAAAAACCUCAUUGCUGUUCAGAAUGUGGUAAGUCGUUCUCAUGCAGAAACUAUCUUAAGUUACACAGAAUAAUCCACACAGGAGAAAAACCUCAUUGCUGUUCAGAGUGUGGUAAGUCGUUCUCAUUGAGAAGCCAUCUUCAGACGCACAGAAUAACCCACACAGGAGAAAAACCUCAUUGCUGUUCAGAGUGUGGUAAGUCUUUCUCAAUGAGAAGCAAUCUUCAGACGCACAGAAGAAUCCACACAGGAGAAAAACCUCAUUGCUGUUCAGAGUGUGGUAAGUCAUUCUCAAUGAGAAGCCAUCUUCAGACGCACAGAAUAAUCCACACAGGAGAAAAACCUCAUUGUUGUUCAGAGUGUGGUAAGUCAUUCUCAAUGAGAAGAUAUCUUCAGAAGCACAGAAGAAUCCACACAUGAGUAAAACCUCAUUGUUGUCCAAAAUGUGCCAAACAAUUUUCUGACAAACUCAGUUUUCAAAGGCACACAGAAAUUGAUACUGGAGAGAAGUCAUAUUGCUGUUCUCAAUGUGGAAAUAGGUUUUUCAACAGUAAGUGUUUUCACACGGAAGCGAAAAUGCAGUAAGUCUGUUCUGAAUGCGGCAAAUGUUAUGCAUACAAGAAAAGUCUUCAAAGACACACCAAAAUCCAUACUGGAGAAAAAUAUUUUUGCUGUUCUGAAUGGAGGAAACAAUUCUUAGACUUAAGUGUACUUCAGUCCCACAUCUGAACUCACACUUGUGAGAAACCUUAUUGUUGUCCUGAAUGUGAUAAGCAGUUCUCACAAUAACGCACCCUACCGAGUCACAUCAGACUUCACACCGCAGAGAAACCUCUAUUGCUAGGAAUGUGUCAAAUAAUUCUCACACCUCAAUUCUCUGUAUUAUCAUAAAAAAAAGUUAUACUGGAGAGAAGCCUUACAGUUUUACUGAAUGUGGAAUGUGAUUCUUAUAUAACAGUACUCUUCACAAUCAUAAAAUAAUUCAUUCUGGUA